AUGGCGGUCCCCAGCUUGCAUUUGGGACGUCCCGUGGGCGCUCUCGGCCCACGAACAAUCCAGGUGUCAACCAGAACAAGGCUCAGUCAGCCAGUGUCAAUAAGACGCUUUCAAACCACCGCUCAGCGACGCGACGAUGGCAACACUUAUGAUGUGGUGGUGGUCGGCUCAGGCUGUUCUGGCCUGACCGCGGCCGCGGUUGCCGCCAAAUACGGGCUGAAGACGCUCGUCGUGGAGAAAAGUCGAUUCUUCGGGGGCACGACCGCCUAUUCUGGUGGCGGCGCCUGGAUCCCCGCCAACAAGCACCAGCCCGAAGUCGGCAUCACAGACGACAGCUUCGAAAAGGCCGACGGCUAUCUCAAGCGCGUGCUGGGCGAUCUUUAUGACCAGACCAAGGUCCAUCAAUUUCUCCGUCAGGGUCCCAAGAUGGUCGAGUGGAUGGAGGCCAACACUGAAAUGAAAUUUAAGCCUGUACCUUUGCCCGACUACCAGGAAACCAUCCCUGGCGCCUCGGCCGCAAGGACAAUAUUGACCAAGGAGUACGAUGGCAGCCCGCUGGGCCGGCGUCUGUUGAACGAUGUCCGCUAUACCUUGGAAGGCUACCACGUCUUUGGGUCGCUCCAAGUCGAUCCGGCGGAAAUCCCCGUCCUUACCAAUGCUUUCGGUUCCUUAUCCAACUUCAUUGCGUCGAGCAGUAAAGUGUUUAGGUACGCGUGGGAUGUGAUACGCUUUGGGAAAGGGGCGUAUAUGGCCAACGGGAACGCCCUUGUCGGCCGGCUGCUCAAAACAUGCAGCGGCGAGGGAGUCACGUUGUGGAAAGAAUCUCCCGCUUCCAAGCUCAUCACCAACGACAAGAAGGAGGUGGUGGGCAUCGUGAUCAACCGGUCCAAUGGCGGCCCGACGACGAUCAACGUCAAGAAAGGGGUGGUCCUCGCCGGGGGCGGCUUCUCCAGGUCCGAGGAGGAUGCACGGAAAGUCUUCCCCCACGAAUGGUCGGCGGCGCCCAAACACAAUGUGGGCGAUGGGAAGAACAUGGCGCAAGCCGUGGGUGGUUAUCUACCUCCUCCCAACCCCAACAACGGUAUCUUCGCUCCCAUCUCGCUGCACAAGGUCAAGGACGGUCCGAUCAGACGCUUCCCACACUUUUCCACCGAUCGAACCAAGCCCGGAGCCAUCAUCGUGGCGCCGAACGGCCGACGCUUCGGCAACGAGGCGGAGCCGUACCAAGAAUUCGUCAAGAAAUUGCACCAGCUCAACAUCUCCAAAGCCUAUCUCAUUGCCGACCGCACCUUCCUCCGGAAAUAUGGCAUGGGCCUUGCUUUGGCCGCCCCCAUGCCUGUCCGACACCUCAUCCGCGACGGCUACUUGAUCGAGGCGCCAUCGAUCCGCGAGCUCGCGCAAAAGAUUGAGGUGCCGGCCGAGGAAUUGGAAAAGACGGUGGCUGCGAUGAACGAGUACGCCAAAACUGGGGUCGACCCGGAGUUUCACCGUGGGGAGACGAUAUACGAUAAAUUCUACGGGGACCCCAGCACCGGGCUUCCCAAUUCCAGUCUGGGAUACUGUGUACGGGCUCCAUUCUACGCGCUGCCCUUGUACCCCGGAAACGUCAGCUCCACGUACGGCAUCGCGACCAACGAGAAUGCCCAGGUUGUCGACGCAAAGAACCAGCCGAUUCCUGGCCUCUACGCGGUCGGCUGUGACUCCAAUUCGGUCAUGCGCGGAGAGUACCCUGGUGGUGGGUCGAGCAUCGGGCCUGGAAUGACCUUUGGCUAUGUCGCGGGUCACCAAUUGGCGGGAAAGGCACUGGAGUGA